ACAAGAUAUGCUUGGAGGGGUUUAUGCGAGUUAUGCAUCGAGAGCUAUGCUAGCUGCCUGUAUCUGUACGUAAGCCAGUGAUUAGGAGCCUGAAGUUGAGUUGCGUCAGUCGUAGGCUACCACUUUUAGACAAUACGAAUUGUACUGAGGAGACUUCUUGAAGAAUUGCUUCUAUUUCUUCAGUCUCUCAAAAUGUCUAACCCGUUAGAACAACGCAUCAAUGUUCCUAUUGACGAUCCAAAUGCAGACACAGAAUGGAAUGAUAUUCUUCGAAAACAUGGCGUUAUUCCUGAGAAGCCACCCAGCCCGACUCCUAUGAUUGAGGAGGCUAUUCUUGAAGGACGAAGAUUGGCACAUGAGAAUCGCUUGGAAGGCAAGGACCUCGACGAGCUGGACGAACUUGAAGACGACGAAGAUGAAGCUUUCUUGGAGCAAUAUCGCCAAAAGCGCAUGGCCGAGUUGAACAGCCUACAAAAGAAGGCUUUGUAUGGAAGCGUAUUUCCUUUAUCGAAACCCGAGUAUCAGCGCGAAGUCACGGACGCAUCACAAAAUGGACCGGUUUUUGUCAACUUGACAUCUUCAAUGGGCAACAAUGUUGAGUCGCGAGUCUUGACUGAGCUAUGGAGACAGGCUGCGAGGGAGUACGGCGAGAUCAAGUUCUGUGAAAUCCGAGCGAGCCAAGCCAUUGAGAACUAUCCCGAUCGAAACUGCCCAACAAUUCUAGUAUAUAACAAGGGGGAUAUUGUUAAGCAGAUUGUAACAUUGGCGACUAUUGGAGGCGUCCGAACAACCAUGCAACAAAUUGACAACCUCUUGGUCGAAGUCGGUGCUGUACCUGAUUCUGACAUGCGUAUUGUCAAGAGGAGGCAAGCUGCCGAGGAUGCUGAGGAGGAGAGAUUGGCUGGCAAAUCUAUCAAGACGGGAACGGCUGGAAGGUCUCGGAACGUUGACAGCGAGGACGAUGACUGGGAUUAAAUGUGCUUUGGAGAGGAUUCGUGGCUUCGGUUGAACUGACUAUUGGAUUGGCCAGCGUCAGACAUGGUCAAAGUAUCAAUGCCCCAACGCAAAGCCGCGACGGAUGUUGCCCUAGUUCUUGUCAGAUGUGACAGUAGGCCUAUGCGGUCCUGACUCAUGACAGCUCUCCGAGAAAGAUCGGGCUUUUACUCUCCAGUGUUUCCAGAGCCUCAAAAACCACUUGCUCAACUUGGCCCAAUACGAGGAAGGAAACUGUAUAUUCCAGCGAGGAACAGUUUCGUACAUUAUCCGUCCUUGCUACAUGACAAGUUCAAGACGGGACGUUGAUCAACAGUUGGGAACCAAGAGGCCUUGUGGUCAUGUAUGCGCACAGUAAACGCGCAUAACACAAUACAUAUCAUUCCCAGGCCUUCUAUCACCACGUGCUGUGGGCAGUGCGAUCGUCUGAGAUAGCUGAGGCUGCCAGCAUAUAAAAUGAAAUCUCCAGAAACUGCU